UCGUGGCUGAAAGUUUUCUUUCCUCCCUCCCUCCCUCUCUCUCUCUCUCUCUCUCCCUCUCUCUCUCUCUCUCUCUCUCUCUCUCUCUCUCUCUCUCUCUCUCUCGUGCGGAGACGCAGGCGCGUGCAGCCACCAUGAGAGAAAAGGCGACGGGCUUCCCAGCGCGCAGCUUCUCCUCCGGUCUCCACUCUGUGCUGCCGCUCCGCGUUUAAACUUAACUUUUAGACGCUUCUCGACACAUUUCCGUUAUGCGAAGUCCAGCUUGUUGGUUAGUCGUCGUGCAGCGGAGGGUGAACGUCGGAGAUAACGGAGAGCGUGACAGUGAUUCUCACCCAGCCUGGUUACUGCAAUGAAUGGUAACACUAUUCAUCCAGCCAACAUUACAACGGCAGGAGGGGGCCCUGGUGUGGCGGCGCCACCAAGAGGAUGGAGGGAGUUCUGCGAGCUACAUGCCAUUGCCACAGCCCGGCAACUGGCUGGACACUACCGGAGCUUCGCCAGAGAGCGUCCGCAACAUGACGUCCUCCCACCAGAGACCUUCUCCAAGCAAUUCACAGACCUCUUCCAGCAGCACUUCUGCCGCGAGGUCAACAAAGAUGCCACUCCACACAGCCAGAACACAUGCUCGACGCCCUCCAGUAGCGCCUCGUCCACGUCUCCGGUGGCUCCCGCUCUUCAGUCACAGGCUGUGAUUGGCCGAUUACGGAUCACGUCGUUGUCCGGCGUGCAGGACUAUCGGGAGGCGUGCCGAUCAAGCGGGGGGGCGGCUCCGUCGACAGUGUCGGCCAAAGUCGAGCCGGUGGUGGUGAGCCGGGAGCAGGAGCAGCCGCUGAGAUGUGCCGUGGGAAACCCCUUUUCGGGGUCUCACUGUAUAGGUGGCGGGCCACUCCUGACUCGUAGCCGCAGCAACGAGGAGGUCUCCGGCACGGCUCGCCGUUUGGUACCUGAACGGUAUUCCUCCGACUCCUUGGCCCAAAACUCUGCCCACGCUGACGUCACGCAUUUCUCCGUCAGUCAAAUCCAGGAAACCGUAAAGCGGAUUUUAAAGAAGCGGCCCACUCCAAGCCCCUGCUCGUCACAGGACCUGUCUCCAAGCAACCACACCAGCAACAAUACGCCUCCACGCAACAGCGACCGAUUGGGUAUGGUUUCCUCCACCAAUGAGGAAGGGUCGUUCUCCUCCUCGUCCUCCCACUCUUCGUCAUGUCCGAACUUUGAAGCCACAGCGCACGCCGCCUCACACUGGCCUGUGUCAGGAGUAGUGUCUCACCUCCUGGGGCGUUUCCGGUUGUUACGCAGCAGGAGCAUGAGGUACAGGAGGCCAGAGGUGAGCGGCUGCUGUAAAGAGGGCCAACUGAGGUACUUGCUGGUGGACGACACUAUUUCAGACUCUCAGCCUCGCUGGCAACGCUGCCGCCUGCUGGUCAGGAGGAUCAGAGACACUCAAGGAAGAAGAGGAAGUGGAGGCGGCGAGAGGUACCAGCUGGAGCUCUACGAUCCUCCAAAGGCCUCCAGCCCCAAGCUGACCACUCACUGCUCAGAUAUCCAAGAAGUCCGUCGUUGCAACCGACUGGAGAUGCCCGACAACUUAAACACAUUUGUUUUAAAGGUUAAUCGAGGUAGUCUGAUAUUUGAGACGGACAACGACCAGCAGGUCAGCUCGUGGACUACAGAGCUCAAAGAAUGUAUCAGGAACAGGUCGAGCAGCGUGGAUCUGGAGCCCCUCCCCUCCCCGGCUGACAGCUCAGCUCCAGCCAACCACACACGAGCGAGCUCAGAGUCAGGAAGCCAGACGUCCGUGGCCUUCACCCCUCCGGAGCAGGCCGGCCAGAAGACGGACCACUUCCUGUUCUCCUACCCCUGGUUCCACGGGCCCAUCUCCCGCGUCAAGGCGGCCCACCUGGUCCAGAGCUCCGGGCCGGAGGGACACGGGGUGUUUCUGGUCCGGCAGAGCGAGACGCGCAGGGGAGACUACGUCCUCACGUUCAACUACCAGGGGAAAGCAAAGCACCUGCGCCUCUCCCUCACAGAAUGGGGUCACUGCCGGGUGCAGCACCUGCGCUUCCCCUCCGUCAUGGACAUGCUCAACCACUUCCGCUUCUUCCCCAUCCCGCUGGAGUGCGGCUCCGCCGGCGCCGUCACUCUGUCCAGCUUCGUGGUCUCCGGUUCCAGCCCCCCGUCGCAGGGUCAGCUCUCAGGCGCUCUGCUCGUCCCUUUCUCCCUCCAUCGGUGGAGCUCGGAGCCCAGCCUGGCUCACUGCAGCCUGGCCCGCAGCUCCAGUCAGCCCCCCUCCUCCGCCGCCGCCCCCGCCGCCGCCCCCGCCCCCAGUCAGAGCUCCGGAUCCCACCCGUCCGCCCGCACCCACCACGGCCCCGACCCCGCUCCUUCGGCGCCGCUCCCUCUGCGCCGGAGCGAGUCGAUGGGGAGGAGACCCCUGCUCCGCCAGCCCCACCCCCACCCCCACCCCCACACUCCCAUCAUCCCUCAGCGGGACUCGGACUACGAGCUGGAGCCAGACCGCGGGCGCAAGCGGGCAAUAGACAACCAGUACAUGUUCUUGUGACCCACACCGCUGACAGACAGCCGAUGAAGCAACCGCGCUGACACACACACACACACACACACACACACACACACACACACACACACACACACACACACACACACACACAUCAUGUACACAAGUGUUAGCUCGACACACACACGCACACACACACGCAAACACAGCUUCAUGUGGGUGCGUAAAACCUCUUAGAGAUGCGAAAUCUGAUUACAGCACACUCAAACAAACGCGAGCAAGCCUUUGUGGGAUGAAUGCAAAGCACUUUGUGCGUAUAUGAGAACACACACUCUCACACACACACACAUCCAGCAUGCGUGUGUGCGUGAUCCCCCCCCUAAAGCGUCCACAGUGAAUGUAUUUUCAGGAUUUUUUUUUUUUAACCUUUUUUUUGUUGACUGGAGUCAUUGUUGUUGUUUCAGAGUCAAACGAGCAGCUGUCCUCGAACCCGGGUAAAAAAAACAAAAAAAACAAAACAAAAAGAAGAAAAAAAAAAGAAGGUUUUCAAUAUUUUAAUUCUGGUGAAUUUGUACAGGUGCACUUGAUUUACCUUUUUUUAGGCACUUAACAUGGAUUGACAGAAAAAAAGCAGAGUUUGCGAGAUGAGCACAAAGAAAAGUGCUCCUUUAAAAUAUUUAAACUAUGUGUGGUGGUCACACAGAUCCCCGUGUGGAGGAACUCCUGCCUCCUCACACAAACAAGCAAACAAACAAACAAACGGCACUCUGUUUGAGAGCGCUGCUGCAUUAUGUAUUCCUCCUGUUGUGCAUUAUUAUCUAUUUAAGUGCACGUAGCUCUCAGUGCACUUUGGAAACAAUGUGUAUUUUUUUUGUACACAGAUUCUUUUGUAGAAAAUAUUUAAAAUAUAUAGAAAAAUUUAUAAAAAAGUCGGGGUUUGGUUAAAGUCAGGUGGGUAUUUUUUUUUUUUCUUAAUUUUUUUCUUCAAAACAGAUGGAGCGCGUUACUGAGAACGACGAUUCCAGGUCGGCUUUUCACCGGCGCCUUUUGCACCCGAAGCCAAACUGAGUGCGAAAAAAAUCACGAGCCAAAGACUUUUGGAGAUUUUCUGUGCAGUGUCAGUUUGUCAAACUCAGACACAAAGGAUUCAGCUUUGCCACAAAAUCAAAGAAACCGCCAAGUACAGAACUCACGGAAUUUGUGUUUCAUGGAGUUUUGUACUUAAAUGUUCCACAUAUUUGAAUCUAUAAUAAUAAUAAUUGGCAGUUCUGUUGAUUUUGUGGCCUAAAGUUGAUUCCCAGUAACCGCAGCGAGCCUCGUCUCAUGAAAACACACACCUGGAAUAGAAACUAUUUCAGUCCGCACCGAACCAUUGGGGUCGUUUGGUCUGGUGGGACGGAGGGCGGAUCCUGACCCGGCCUCCACCUUUUCCACCAUCCUGAAAAACAGCAAUGCCGAAGUCACACAAGUGCCUCAGCUCCUACUAACGUGUAUUUUCUGACAACUUCAGUCUGGAUUUUGAUUCCAGGAGGAGUCGCAUCCAGUUUCCAACGCUACUCUUCACGCUCGAAGCAUUAACUUUUAUUUUCCUUCAACUCUUCUGCACAACCGUCAUCGCAGCAGCUAAAAACCAAGAAAGGGCUGCAAACCGAAUGUUUCUUUUUUUUUUUUUUACACUAUAUGUGGGUUUUUUUUUUAAUAGAACUUGUGCAUUUGAAUGAGAGUCUUCAGUGUGGAAAUGUUGCUUUCAGCCGGCUCGGCUUGGGCGCCACGCGUUCCACGCCAGUGGCUCGACGCUCUCCGGUCUUCAGCUUCUUGUUUUUUGUACCUUCUGCCGGGUUUGAUCUAUAAUUCAAGGUGCCUUGUGGGUUUGUCAUCAUCCCUUUUUAAAAAGGGGUUAAACCACCACUUCAGAGCUGCGCUUUGAAUACGUCACAUGUCGACUCAGGGAGGGAUUUUCUUCGAACCGCAGAGAGCCGACCGGACUCCCAAAGACGAAGCCUUUUUACCAACGCGAGAAUGUUUUUUUUUUAAGCCACUUUGUUUGCCGAUGGGGGAAGCUGAACUUUCUUCACGCGGCCACGCGUGAACCCAGCAUCCAGGACGUUUCCCAGGCAGCAGCCCGGCUCUCGGCUUCACUUCUAACUUUGCUUUAACACUAACUUUAGCAGAGGAUUGUUCGAUUAACCUGCAGUGAGUCCGAUGGUUCACGCCUGCUGCCGUCUGUCCCUCUGUUCUCUGAAUCAUUGGAUUUCCUCUUCUUCUGUUUAGUUUUCACAUGAGAGAAAUGCAUUAACGCAGCUUGAUGCCGUCACUGUGACUCACCCCACCCCACCUCCAUCUUUCUACCAAAGGAACAUUUGUACAAUGGUUGCGUCGUCCUCUCAGUGCAUCAUCGUCACAAUCCAGAAUGAUAUUUUUUUUGUGUUUUUCCAUGUUUUUGGCAAAAGUACGGUUGGUCUUCCCGCCUUCGUGCGGCCCAGUCUAAACAAAUCCCCCAUCACCGCCUCACAAUUUCGUUUCAGGAACGCAACGGUAAAUAAGUUCGACUCUCACUCGCCUCUCUCCGCCGAAUUCGUCUCUUCUCGGGAGUAUAACUGUGCCUUUUGCCAGAAAGCUGCUGUUGCUUCCCCCCCCCCUCCUCCUCCUCCUCCCUCCUCUGAAGCUCAGGGUGUGACUGUUUCGUGCAAUAUCCGAGAGCUGCCCAGUGUCUUUUCAGUCCACGUAGAGACGGAGAACUUCGCUCACAGCCUGAAAAGGAAUCAGACGGAUGCCAAAGUCCCUAGAAGACCUUGGCAAUUUAGAGGAAAUCAAACCAGGGCUGCGCCGCGUCUCUGUUGCUUUCCACUCGCUGAAGAAAAUCCCCGCAUCCCUCGUGUGUCUUUAACCUCCAGCAUCUUGCCCCAUUUGAAAACGUCCAGUUGACAAAUGUAAUGUGUUCUCAAUACUGUUCAUCCUGUUGUUUUUUUUUUUCGUUUUAAUUUUUAAACUCAGCACUGUAAACAUUCCAGUUCAACCCAGUGUUUCCCAGCCAGACAGAGAAAACACACUCACACAGCAGCUCCUCGAACCUGUCAUUGUGUUUGCAUCUCUUUCAGUUAUAAGCAUCUAAAUUAUAUGAAAUAUAUAUCAACUGUAUAUUUGACUUUUUUUUUUCUAAAUAAACCUAACCAAAAAAUUA